AUGUCCAUCUCUUUCUUGUUCACUCUUUUAAUUUACUUGACUUUUCAUAUCUUUUCGCUUUCUCUACCUCCUCUCAUUUUCUAUUACUCUUUCACUUUUUAUUUAUUUUCACUUUCUUCUUUACCAUGCCUUCAUUUUCUUUGUCGACCUUGUCUCUUUUUGACUUUUAUCUUCUUCAUUAUUAUUUUUCUUCUAUUUUCUUUGUCCAUCCACCUUUGUCCUUUUCCUUUUUCCAUUUCUCCAUUUUUUUUUAUUAUCGUUAUCAUUUCAGAUUCUUUUUCUUCAUCUUGUCUCUUACUUUGUCUUUUGCAUUUUUUUCUUAUUUUCAUCCUCUCUUUUAUCAUUUUUCACCUUUUUUUUUUCUGUCAUCCUUGUCUCUUUUUGCUUUCUGUCAUCCUUGUCUCUUUUUGCUUUCUGUCAUCCUUGUCUCUUUUUGCUUUCUGUCAUCCUUGUCUCUUUUUUGCUUUCUGUCAUCCUUGUCUCUUUUUUUGCUUUCUGUCAUCCUUGUCUCUUUUUGCUUUCUGUCAUCCUUGUCUCUUUUUGCUUUCUGUCAUCCUUGUCUCUUUUUGCUUUCUGUCAUCCUUGUCUCUUUUUGCUUUCUGUCAUCCUUGUCUCUUUUUGCUUUCUGUCAUCCUUGUCUCUUUUUGCUUUCUGUCAUCCUUGUCUCUUUUUGCUUUCUGUCAUCCUUGUCUCUUUUUGCUUUCUGUCAUCCUUGUCUUUUUGCUUUCUGUCAUCCUUGUCUCUUUUUUUGGUUUCUGUCAUCCUUGUCUCUUUUUUUUUUCUGUCAUCCUUGUCUCUUUUUUUGCUUUCUGUCAUCCUUGUCUCUUUUUUGCUUUCUGUCAUCCUUGUCUCUUUUGCUUUCUGUCAUCCUUGUCUCUUUUUGCUUUCUGUCAUCCUUGUCUCUUUUUUGCUUUCUGUCAUCCUUGUCUCUUUUUGCUUUCUGUCAUCCUUGUCUCUUUUUUGCUUUCUGUCAUCCUUGUCUCUUUUUUGCUUUCUGUCAUCCUUGUCUCUUUUUUUUUUGCUUCUGUCAUCCUUGUCUCUUUUUUGCUUUCUGUCAUCCUUGUCUCUUUUUUGCUUUCUGUCAUCCUUGUCUCUUUUUUUGCUUUCUGUCAUCCUUGUCUCUUUUUUUGCUUUCUGUCAUCCUUGUCUCUUUUUUGCUUUCUGUCAUCCUUGUCUCUUUUGCUUUCUGUCAUCCUUGUCUCUUUUGCUUUCUGUCAUCCUUGUCUCUUUUUUGCUUUCUGUCAUCCUUGUCUCUUUUUUGCUUUCUGUCAUCCUUGUCUCUUUUGCUUUCUGUCAUCCUUGUCUCUUUUUUUUGCUUUCUGUCAUCCUUGUCUCUUUUUUGCUUUCUGUCAUCCUUGUCUCUUUUUUGCUUUCUGUCAUCCUUGUCUCUUUUUGCUUUCUGUCAUCCUUGUCUCUUUUUUGCUUUCUGUCAUCCUUGUCUCUUUUUUUGCUUUCUGUCAUCCUUGUCUCUUUUUGCUUUCUGUCAUCCUUGUCUCUUUUUGCUUUCUGUCAUCCUUGUCUCUUUUUGCUUUCUGUCAUCCUUGUCUCUUUUUGCUUUCUGUCAUCCUUGUCUCUUUUUGCUUUCUGUCAUCCUCCUUGUCUCUUUUUUGCUUUCUGUCAUCCUUGUCUCUUUUUUUUGCUUUCUGUCAUCCUUGUCUCUUUUUUUUGCUUUCUGUCAUCCUUGUCUCUUUUUGCUUUCUGUCAUCCUUGUCUCUUUUUGCUUUCUGUCAUCCUUGUCUCUUUUUGCUUUCUGUCAUCCUUGUCUCUUUUUGCUUUCUGUCAUCCUUGUCUCUUUUUAUUUCUUAUUUUGAUAUUCAUUAUUUCUUCUCUUUCCUUUGUUCUUUUCUCAUGUUAGCAUUUCUUUUAUUUUCUCUUUCCUGUCAAUAUUGUCUUUUUUCUUAUUUUUCUUUUUUAUUUUUCAUUUCUUCUCUUUCUUUCUCUUUGCCAAGCUUAUCUGUUUUAUUUCCUUUUUUCUUUUUAACCUCUUUAUCAUUUUUUUCACUUUUUUCCUUUGUCAAAUUUGUCUCUUUUCUUUCACUUUCACUUUUUAUUUCGAAAUUCUUCUUCUUUAUCAGUUCUUGUCUUUCCAUUUCUUUCUCAACCUUGUCUCUUUUUCUUUCUGUGAACUCUCUUCCACAUUUUCUUAUAUUAUAUUUUCCUCACUUCUCCAUAAAUAAUUCAUUCUCUUUUAUUUUCCUCCUCUUCUCUUUUUGUUUAUAUUUUUACUUUUCUUUCCUCUAUUUCAUUUCCUUUCUCAUUUCUCUUUCUUUCAUUGUUUCAUUAAUUUAUCAUCCAUAUAUCUUUUUUUGCUCAUCUUCUCUCAUUUUUUCAUUCUUCAUUGUCCCCUUUAUUUUUCCUACUUCCUCAUUCACAUUAUUUCGCUCUCAUUUCCCUUUUUGUUUUCCUUGCCUCACAAUUUACCCAUUUGUUUUCAUUCCUUUUCAUUAUCUCCCUUUCAUUUUCUUUCCUUCACACUUUCUUCCUUUCAUUUUCCUCCCUUUGCACUUUCUUCCUUUUGUUUUCCUUCCCUCUCAUUUUAUCACCUCUCAAUUGCUUCAUUUCAUUUUCCUUCUCACUCACUUGCAUCCUUUUCUUUUCCUUCCCUCUUGCUUUCUCCCCCCGUUUUCCUUUUUCUCCCCCUUCGUUUUCCUUUCCUCUCUCCCCUUUUUUCCUUUCCUCUCUCCCCUUCGUUUUCCUUUCCUCUCUCCCCUCGUUUUCUUUUUCUCUCCCCUUCGUUUUCCUUUCCUCUCUCCCCUUCGUUUUCCUUUCCUCUCUCCCCCUUCGUUUUCCUUUCCUCUCCCCCUUCGUUUUCCUUUCCUCUCUCCCCUUCGUUUUCCUUUCCUCUCUCCCCUUCGUUUUCCUUUCCUCUCUCCCCUUCGUUUUCCUUUCCUCUCUCCCCUUCGUUUUCCUUUCCUCUUCCCCCUUCGUUUUCCUUUUCCUCUCUCCCCUUCAUUUUCCUUUCCUUUCUCCCCUUCGUUUUCCUUUCCCCUCUCACUUUCUUCCUUUGAUUUUCUUUCCUUUUCAUUUUCUCUCUUUUGUUUUCAUUUUAAAUUGUUCCCCCUUGUUUUUCCUACUCUUCACUCUCAUUCUUUAACUUUUAUUUUCUUUAGCUUCUUUUUUUUUUUUUUUCUUAUUUCUUCUUCACUUUCCUCUUUCCCUACUUCUUCAAAGAAUCGUGCAUACUUCAACACCAGCAGAACUACUGUGGCCUCCACUCUUUCUUUCCCAAAUCUCCACUCCCACUUCAUCUUUUUGCUAUCAUCCCUAACCCCAAACACCUCACUUCCCUUAUCUCCCUCCCUCUAUUAUGUUCUUUUAUUUCUUGAAGAAGCAGACAACAAUGAAUUGCAAGGAUCCAAGCAUGAAAACUUCAUUGCCAUCUUUUAA